CACCAUCUACGCCAAUCUACCUGGACAGGCCUAACCGCUCACAGAAAGUUAUGCUUAAAGUUGCCAAAGUACUUCUGCACAAUGGUGGCCAGAUGAUUGAAGCCCAUGCUGUUCUCGAUGAUGGCUCUGAAAGAACCAUUGUUCUUCCUCCUGUCGUUCAGCAGCUGAAACUACAUGGAGUUCCAGAGGUUCUUCCUUUACAGACAAUCCAACAAAGUCAUACUGCAGUCAAAGGAGCAUCAAUAACCUUUGAAAUAUCUCCAAUUGACAGACCCACAGAGAGGUAUGUCAUCCGAAAUGCCUUUACUGCUCCCGGAUUAAGUCUAGCUGAGCAUGAUUAUCCAGUGACAGCACUGCAGAAGGCAUAUCGCCACCUAAAAGGUCUACCACUACUACCUGUAGAUAGGGUACAACCCUUACUCCUCAUAGGGUCUGAUAUGCCAGAUCUCUUGAUUCCCACUCAGCCCGUAUGUAAAGGACCACCAGGUGGCCCCAUUGCUAUAUGUACCAGGCUUGGUUGGGUGUUGCAAGGCCCAAUGAAUCCAAUUCAGCCCCCUAGAGGUCAACAGCAAUGUUUGCACAUUCUCACAACUCCACCCCGUGAUGAGCUGUAUCAGCAUGUAGAGCGCUUAUGGCAAAUCGAUGUUUUGCCAUACAAUGAAAAGGUGAUCGUUAGGUCUAAACAGGACCAACAGUCUUAUGACCUUUUACAGUCAGCUACUGUCAGAGUAAACGUGAAUGGUGUAUUUCGCUAUGCUACACCAUUGUUAAGACGUACACCUAUCACCUUGCUUCAUGCAGACAAAAAUGCUGUGAUUCCCAGUCUACGAAAUAUUGAGAGGAGGUUGGCAAAGGAUCCUAAGCGAGCUGAAUCCUACUGCUCCGAAAUUCAGAAGCUGGAAUCGGCAGGAUACAUUGCCAAGAUAUCAGCAGAGGAAGCAAACAAGACAAAGGAGUCCUGGUUUAUUCCGCAUCAUAUGGUGUGUCAUAAUGAAAAGGACCGAGUAGUAUUUAACUGUUCAUUUCAGCACCAAGGACAAAGUUUAAAUGAGCAACUGCUUCCUGGACCGGCACUGGGUCCAUCUCUGCUUGGAGUCAUAAUGAGGUUCCGACAGCAUGCCAUUGCAGUCAGUGGUGACAUCAAGGGCAUGUUUCACCAGGUGCGUCUGUUAGCGGAGGACAAGUCAGUGCUACGAUUCAUAUGGAGGGACAUGAAUAGGGAAGCUAACCCAGACAUCUAUGAGUGGCAGGUCCUUCCUUUUGGCACAACAUGCAGUCCCUGUUGUGCCAUUUACGCCCUCCAGCAUCAUGCUCAAGAGCACAAAGACACCAUGACUGGCUUAGCUAACAUAGUGGAGCACUCAUUUUAUGUAGACAACUGCCUGCACAGCACUCCAGACCAGGGUGAUGCCAAAGGUAUAAUAGAUGGACUGCGGCAGUCUCUGAUGAAAGGAGGCUUCGAAAUAAGGCAGUGGGCAUGUAAUGUACCUGCAGUUCUCAAGCAUCUGCCACCAGAGGCCAGAUCUGAUAGCAGCGAGCGCUGGUUGUCCCAAACUAGUCAUGACAUGCAAGAACUUGCCCUCGGCCUUCAAUGGAACUGCCUUGAUGACACUCUUGGGUAUAAGAACCGAUCGGCAGAGACUGUCCAACCCACAAUGAGAAACUUGUACAAGACUUUGGCAAGCCAGUUUGAUCCCCUGGGGUUUAUCAUACCAUUUACCACACGGGCUAAGACACUCAUUCAAGACCUUUGGAAACAUAACUUAGGCUGGGAUGAUCCAAUUGAACCUCUUCAUUUGCGGGAAAAAUGGCAUACAUGGGUUGCAGAGAUUUCUGACAUCACUACACUACAACUGCCACGUUCUUAUGUUCCGGCCUAUGCAGACACUCCUUCCACUGUCAGGGAAUUACAUGUCUUUUGUGAUGCCUCAGAAAGAGCAUACGGUGCAGUAGCCUAUCUUCGGGCCACAGAUGAACUAGGUGAAGUUCAUGUUGCUUACAUCUUAGCUCGAUCCAGAGUGGCUCCCCGCAAAUGCUUAUCCAUGCCACGUUUAGAACUGUGCGCCGCACUUUCUGGAGCCCAAAUGGCCAACGUAAUACAGGCUGAACUGACUCUUCCGAUACAGCAAAUCACAUACUGGUCUGAUUCCACUACCGUGCUGCAUUGGUUGAAGUCCGAGUCAUGCAGAUACAAGGUGUUUGUGGGGGCUCGAGUAUCUGAGAUUCAGACAUUGACAGAUGUAACUAGGUGGAGAUAUGUUGACUCAAAUCAAAACCCAGCUGACCAUAUCACCCGAGGUCUUACCUUAAAGGAAUUAGCAGGUCCUCACCAAUGGAGAUCUGGACCAAGUUUCUUGACUCAAACCUUAGAUAUGUGGCCAUCGGCACCCACACCAGAGAUUGAACCUGAACCUACUGAACUGAAAAAAGCAUCCUUUCUUGGAGUAGUCACAAUAGCUUCUGGCUCAAUCCCACCAGACCUUGGUCAGUUCAAAACCUGGAAAGAACUAGUUCAAGCCACUGUUAGGGCCUGUGAUGGGGCGGCUGCCCACACUGACACUCCUAAAGCCUCAGACUACAUUCAGGCAGAAAAGCUGCUUUUGGCACGUGCACAGUUCGACUCUUUUCCUGAGGAAUUCAAAGCUUUGACAGCUGUACACCCCAUUCCUACAGAUAGUCGCUUAAGUUCCCUCGCCCCAGAGUAUGAUAAAGAUACAGGUCUUAUAAGAGUAGGUGGACGACUCCGUCGGGCAGAAGCUUUGUCUCCAGACAUUAUCCAUCCUAUAGUUCUAGACCCUAAACAUCAUGUUACAAAGCUACUUAUUCAGGAUGCAGACCAACGGCUUCAUCAUCCUGGUGCAGAACGAGUUCUCGCAGAGCUACGACGCAAAUACUGGGUGAUUAGAGGUCGCGAAGCAGUACGUAAGCACCAACGUUCCUGUUACGAUUGUCAGUUUUGGCGUGCCAAACCACAAACCCCACAGAUGGCAGAUCUUCCUCCCGCUAGGCUACGUCUGUUCAAACCACCAUUUUACUCUACCGGCAUAGACUGCUUCGGCCCCUUUCAUGUAAAGAUAGGACGCCGUCAAGAGAAAAGAUGGGGUAUUUUGUACAAGUGCCUAACAACAAGAUGUUUGCAUCUAGAUCUCCUUGAACACUUGGACACAGAUGCCUUUCUUCUUUCCUUGCGACGCUUCAUAGCUCGAAGAGGGAAACCCUUUGAAAUAUUGUGUGACAACGGUACCAAUUUUGUAGGAGGGGACCGAGAGCUUAGAGACACAUUUUACCAAAUGUCCCAGGAGCUUCAAGAACAGUUGGCUGAACAGCAGAUUCAAUUUCGCUAUAACCCACCAAGUGCUCCACACUUCGGCGGAACAUGGGAGCGAGAGGUUAAAUCCGUCAAGUCAGCCUUGCGAGUGGUUCUGAGAGAGCAGUCUGUACCCGAGUCUGUCUUGCAAACAUUAUUAGUGGAGGUCGAAGGAAUGCUCAAUUCAAAGCCACUCGGCUAUGUCUCAUCAGAUAUUGCAGAUCCAGAUCCUGUGACCCCCAAUAUGCUGCUCAUGGGGCGCCAUGAUGCUUCUCUACCGCAAGUCCUCUUUGACUCCAACCAACUCUUGGGGAAACGUAGGUGGAGACACAGUCAGGUAUUGGCCGACCAUUUCUGGACUGCUUUCAUCCGCUACUACUUACCAGAACUACAGGGUAGACAGAAAUGGAGAUCAGAUGGCAAAGAGCUGGCAGUGGGGCAAGUUGUACUUUUAAUUGAUCAUCAACUUCCACGAGCUCUGUGGCCUGUGGGUACUGUGGUGGAGACAUAUGCAGGGGCUGAUGGAAGGAUUAGAACAGCUAAAAUCCAAGUCAGAAAUAAGAUGUACAUUCGCCCAGUUGUAAAACUCAUUCAGAUUCCCCAAGUUAUAGAUGAUUAGUCAAACGGACUUUCUUAAGGGAAUCAAUUAUCCUGACAGAUAAUUGGGGGCGGCUAUGUCAUAAAGUCCGUUCACGGAAGGGAACUUUAUUGCCUUUAUAGUUUGUUUCCGGCGGACCAUUAAACAGUUGCCACUGACCUGAGAGCUGUGACAGACAGCUGAGCUCUCUGAUAUCGUUCAUGUUGUGCGUUCAUGUCAAAUAUACCACAACGUAAUACACCAUUACUCUCCAUACUCCUACCAAUGUAUAUGGCUAUCAUUGCUUGGCUGCUUAAUUAUAAUAAAUAGAAGUUUGAGGAAUUACUUCUCCAUUGACUGAUUCUCUAACAGGAAUCUUUAUCCUUAUUUAUCCACUAUGAGAACAGCGAAUUAAACUAGAUGUGGGAAGGCUUC